AUGACACACUUCGCUAGACUUCGCAGCGAUCAAUCCAGCCAACGACAACCAUCCCGUUGACCCUGCGCAAAGCUCGACGGCCAUACCCAGCCAUUAUCAGUAGUUACGUACAGUAGUUGCUUCCCUUCUUGGGUAAGUAGCAACUUUCCUGCUCCAGCUCGUGACUCACGAUAGUUAGCAUACGAGGGUACAGCUGGAAGCAGCCUCUCUUCAUCGUAUCUAACGACGCUGCUAACAAUUCGGCACCACCAACUUGUCCGUACCGCUGUCGCCGUUGCAAAUGACGAAUCGCACGCUCGAGCUUGUCGGGCCGGUAGCUCCCCAGCAUCGCCUGGACGAGGCCGCCGUGCUCAGCUACCUCAAGCGCAGCGUCAGGAACGUGCCGGCGAGCGCCGACACGCUGAAGAUAUCGCAGUUCGGCCACGGCCAGUCCAACCCCACUUACCUCCUGGAACUUCCUUCCGCUCAUGGCUCCGACCCCGUCAGAUUCGUGCUCCGGAAGAAACCGCCCGGCCAGCUGCUCAAGUCCGCUCACGCCGUGGAGCGAGAAUUCCAGGUGCUGGCAGCGCUGGGGUCGCCUGCUGCAGGGGCGUCAGUGCCGGUGCCAGCUGUGCACGCCCUGUGCAUGGAUCCCUCCGUUAUAGGCACGCCCUUUUACAUCAUGGACUUCGUCCCUGGCCGCAUCUUCACCGACCCCUGCCUUCCUGACCUGCCACCUGCCGCCCGCACUCAGAUCUACUCCUCCAUGGCCGGCACCCUUGCCGCCCUGCACUCAGCUCGCCUGCCCCAGCUGCAAAAGGACGGAUUCGGUCGCCCGGACAGCUACUGCCGGCGGCAGGUAGAGCGGUGGGCGAAACAAUACGAAGCUUCAGUGAAAUGUAUAGGAGCGGAAUUCAGAGAGGAGGAUGCGAGGAUGAGGGGGCUGAUCGCGUGGCUGAGGGGGAACGUGCCAGGGGAGGAUGCAGCGGCCGAGGGGGCGAUGAGAGGCGUGGUGCACGGGGACUUCCGCCUGGAUAACCUCGUGUUCCACCCCACGGAGCCACGUGUGGUGGCGGUGCUUGAUUGGGAGCUCUCCACCCUUGGGAAUCAGAUGUCUGACGUCGCUUACUGCUGCCUGCCGUACCACCUGCCACCAUCCCAGCCUGGCGCCAUGCUGCCGUCUCUCGGCGUCACACAGCUGCCCGGAGGGCCUCCAGCGGGGGCUCUGCCAGCUGGCAUUCCCUCAGAGGCGCAGUUCGUGCGCACAUACUGCGAUGAGAUACAGAGGCUGCAGGGCGCCAGCCUAUGGCCUGGUGACACGUGGCGCUUCUACGUGGCGCUCUCUCUCUUCCGCGGGGCUGCAAUCUUCACUGGCAUCUACCAACGAGCUCUGCAGGGCAAUGCAUCGUCUCGCAGGGCCGGCCAGGCGGGUCGUCAGGUGUCUGGCCUCAUAGCGUGUGCGCUGCACGUGCUGCACUCGCCUCUUUCCAUCCCUGCCCUGCCACCGCCGCCUGUGACCAGUAUCAGAGCUUUAGGCAGUGGAAUUGCAGGGGGCAGUGCAGGGGGCAGUGCAGGGGGCAGUGCAGGUUCAUCCUCCUCCCUUCCAGUGGGGCUGGCGCCCAGCCCUCGAGCAGAGGCGCUGAGGAGGCAAGUGGCGGAGUUUAUAGUGCAAGAGGUGCUGCCUAUAGAGGGGAUACUGGAGGCUCAUGUGGUGGGGGAGGCACGGUGGAGCAUUCACCCCGUGGUGGAGGAAUUGAAGGGGAAGGCCCAGCAGGCUGGGCUGUGGAACCUAUGGCUACCCGCUUUGGAUGCGGGAGUGCCUCUCACCCCAGUGCUCAGGGAGUGUCAGAGCCGCGGGCUGCUGGGAGCGGGUCUGUCGAACCUGGACUAUGCGCACGUGUGCAAGGAGAUGGGGAAGAGCGUGUGGGCGCCUGAGCUCUUCAACUGCUCUGCUCCAGACACAGGCAACAUGGAGGUUCUGCUGCGAUAUGGCAACGAGCAGCAGCAGCGGGAGUGGCUGGUGCCGUUGCUGGAGGGCAAGGUCCGCUCAUGCUUUGCCAUGACAGAGCCGAGAGUGGCUUCCAGCGAUGCGACCAACAUUGAGGCGAGGAUAGAGAGGGAUGGCGACCACUACAUUCUGAACGGCCACAAGUGGUGGGCCAGUGGGGCCAGCGAUCCGCGCUGCAAGGUGGCCAUUUUCAUGGGCAAGCACCCGGAGAGAGCUGCUCCCUCCGGCAAGCACAAUCCGCACUCCGCCCCUGCGCACAGGCAGCAGUCUAUGCUGCUCGUGCCCAUGGAUGCCCCUGGUGUGACGGUGGUGCGCCCGCUGCUGGUGUUUGGGUACGAUGACGCGCCGCACGGGCACUCGGAGGUGCUAUUUGAGGGGGUCAGAGUGCCCAAGACAAGUGUUCUGCUGGGGGAAGGUCGAGGGUUCGAGAUCGCUCAGGGUCGCUUGGGCCCCGGCCGUCUGCACCACUGCAUGCGGCUGGUGGGGGCGACAGAGCGAGCCAUUGAGUGCAUGUUGGACCGUGCUCUCUCCCGCGUGGCGUUUGGGCGGCCGCUGGGCGGCAACGAGUCGGUGGUGCGGGAUACUGCCGAAUGCCGCAUUACGCUGGAGGCGGCACGGCUGCUGGUGCUGCAGGCUGCUGCUGAGCUGGAUGCCAGGGGCAACAAGGAGGCUCGGAUUGCUAUUGCCAUGGCUAAGGUGGCGGCACCCCGGGCAGCUCAAAAAGUUUUGGACCGGGCUAUCCAGGUGCACGGGGGCGGGGGAGUGAGCUCAGACUUCCCCCUUGCCCGCCUGUGGGUGGCAGCUCGCACGCUGCGCAUUGCGGAUGGUCCAGAUGAGGUGCACCUGGCGUCAAUAGGAAAGAAGGAAUUCAAGGAUUGGAAGAGGAGGAUGGGCAAGGGUGGGGUCAUGGCACGGCUGUAGGAAGACGGUGCUGGGUGGAUGGCAGCCCACAUGCUGCGCAUUGCUGAUGGUGCAGACGAGGUGCACCUAGCAAAACAGCAGAAGGAUUUGCCGUGGAGGUAAUACUCCUGUUCAUCGUUCAAACAUAGUGUUUACUUAGCACUGAUUGUGGUCAAACUGCUUUUGGGUUGCGGAGCAACCUAUUGCAAUCGAUCGGACCGAUUUUUAUUUUUAUUUUCGAAGUUUCAGUUCUAAGAAAUAUUUGUUAAAAUUAUAUAUUUAGUUAUAUAAUUGUUAGGCUUGGUAGGUUACCGAACUUUACUGUAGAGGGUACAAUCCCCUCCUUGUAUGCCUCUCUUUCUAUUCCAACCCC